GAGCUCGGCACCUUUGGAUUCGAAUGUACCCUUGAAGAGGUUGAUCUUGAAGAUAUCACUAAGAAUCAAAUCAACACAAUAAAAGCUUGCACAUUCGAGGAUCCAGGGACUGGAAACUGCCCGGCCCUGGAAAGAUCUACUUUUGAUACGGGUAAAUGCCUGCAGGGCAUCUAUGAGGAUCUGAGUGCCUACAGGGCAGCACUGAAGAACCUCAAAGAUCAAAAUGUGCUGACAACUAUUGAUGAAAUGAUGAAAGCCCUGAAGAGCAGCAGCAGGAGCGUGCCGCAGCCGGCGGCGGGGCUGACCUCCUUCCAGGAGAGGAUGAGGCUGUGCAGCAUCCUUCACGCCUUCCGCAUCCGCACGGUCACCAUCAACAGGAUGAUGAGCUACCUCACCUCUCCGGAGAGCUCCAUGUGA